AUGCCCGAGGUGCGACGAGGCAGUCUUCAGAUCGUAUCUGGCUCGGCCGUCUCAUCCACUGAAGCCUCCGGGCUGCCUGGCGCUGCGAGUCCCUCUCGUCCCUCCCAGUCUCACCAAUCUUCCAACGAACGCGUGCGCUUCGAUGUCCCUCCAGAACCUACCCAGCGAAGGGAUACCGCCGGCUCGGAUUUCUCGGAAGCACCCCGACGAAGCCUCUCGUAUGCCCAGCGACCCGUAGCCGACGCCUAUUACGAUUCCCGAGCUGCCACCCAGACCGAAUACAGACGACGAGCAAAGACACUUCAAGAGUACUACGAUGAUAACCCGCAUCUACUACCACAGUUGCCGUUCACGUGGCACCACGGCUGGAAGCGCUGGAGACUCUUCAUAUUCGCCUUUCUAGUCUUUGUCGAUGCCUCGGCCAUUCCUAUCGCGCUUUACUAUGGCAUGUACUACGCCGGCAACGUCGAGGGAUGGAUCAUCUUUGCCGUUGUGACGACCAUCUGGGGUGGGCCCACGUAUCUCGAGUUCGCGAUCCGUACGCUCCGAUUGAUGAAGGUGGAUAGGUUCUAUCGGCCUCUUGGGACAAAUUCUCGAUGGUGCUUUGACAUGUUGACGUGGGCGUCUGUUCUCACAAUCACUGUUGUCACGGCUCUUUUUAUCGUUGGAAGUGCUCCUCAUAAUGUGUGGUUGAGAGUUCUGUGCAUGCCUGCCCCGGCAAUUCUGUAUUGUCUUGGAGGUGUGCUAUUUCUCAUUUCGUUGUACAAUUACAUGGGCUGGCCAGCACCGUUCCGGAUCAGCUCAACAGCCAAGGGAGAACAGGUACUACCGGGCGUAUACUACUUCAUCGAGGACGUCGUCGCGGUUAAUGCUGGCGGCGGCCGACCUUUCCGUGAAGCUUUGGCCGCCCGUUACAAGGCCAGUCCUCGCUUCCGGCGGAUGAUAUACAUCCAAUCCUGGUUCUGGUCUAUCCCAGCCUUGGUACUCGCUGUACCUCUUACUGUUAUCUCGGUCAUUCCCCAGGUUCCAGCAACAGCUGCUUACGGCGUCGCCUGGGCAGUCCCCUUCCUGUGGGCUACACUUUGGGGCAUUAUCACGAUCAAAUGGUGCAAGAGAGAUAUGGCUCGGGAAAGGAGGGAGUGGGAGGCAGGAAUUGACUCGGAAAAGGAACUUAAAAAGGAGGGUUCCACGCAGGUAUAG